AUGAAUUCUAUGAUUACGACAACUACAUGGGUGCACCGUGGGGUCGCCGCCCAAUUCCCUAUAAAAUAUGACAUCGAUGAGGAGGAGAUCAACCGGAUAUCGAAGCUGGCCCGGCUACAAUUAGAAGAUGCCAAAGGGGAUUUAGAAGCUGCUAAGGAGAAAGUCGAAACGGAGGAGAAUGAUGGUGAUUCAAUGGAUGAGGACGGCGAUGGCAAGCAAGGAACUGAUUCAAAAAAACAACCAGCAGAUGGAGAUGACGAUGAUGACUUGAAGGAAUACGAACUCGAUCAUUAUGAUAGCGACGAAGUUGAUGAAGACGGCGAAGAAGUCACCAUGUUCGGCAACGUCAAGUCCCUAGCCUAUCACCAGCCGGGCGAUAAAGACCCGUACCUCGAAAUCCCCGAAGACGACGACCAGGAAGACCGCGAGGAGCUGCAGAUCUUGGGAACGGACAACCUCCUGAUUGCGGGGAAAGUUGAAGACGAAGUUGCACAUUUGGAGGUGUACGUGUAUGAGGACUCCGCUGACAAUCUCUACGUGCACCACGAUAUCAUGCUGCCCGCUAUCCCGCUCUGCACUGAGUGGCUGGAUUUCCCUGUUGGAAAGAACGAGGAGAACCGCUCAACCGGAAAUUUUAUUGCCGUUGGUACUAUGGACCCGGAUAUUGAGAUUUGGGAUCUCGAUAUUGUUGACUGCAUGUACCCGAAUGCUAUCCUUGGCCAAGGCAACACCAACGAUGACAAGCCAAGCAAAAAGAAGAAGAAACCAAAGAAGGCCAAUGAUGAAUACCAUGUCGAUUCUGUCCUGGCACUGGCAGCAAACAGACAACACCGAAACCUUCUGGCAUCGGCAUCAGCAGAUCUUACAGUUAAACUGUGGGACCUCAGUACACAGAAAUGUGCUAAGUCCUACACUCACCACAAGGACAAAGUUUGCGCUCUCGACUGGCAUCCUAAAGAGUCAACUGUCCUAUUGAGUGGAAGCUAUGACCGCAGCAUUGUAGCCGCAGACAUGCGCACCCCAGAAGCCAAGGUUGCUCGAUGGUCCGUUGCAUCUGACGUCGAAACCGUGCGCUGGGACAUACACGACCCGAAUUUCUUCUACGUGACCACCGAUACUGGCAUUGUUUAUAAAUACGAUGUGCGCAACACGCCCACCAACCCCGAGAAAUCAAAGCCAGUGUGGACUCUGCAAGCGCACGACGACUCCAUCUCCUCGUUUGACAUCAACCCCACCAUUCCCGGGUUUUUGGUCACUGGCUCGACUGACAAACAAGUCAAGCUGUGGAACACAACAGACGACAAACCGAACAUGGUGGUAUCCCGCAAACUCGAAGUAGGCAAAAUUUUCUCAACGGCCUUUGCCCCUGACCCAGAAGUUAGUUUCCGUCUUGCAGUUGCGGGUAGUAAAGGCGUGAUUCAGAUUUGGGAUACGUCGACUAAUGGAGCUGUGCGGCGCGCGUUUGCGGGCCGUGUCCCUGAUGUCGCGCCUGGUUACGACGGCGAAGUUCAUGAGAAAAUCACGGGUGUCAACCAGAAUGAUGAGAGCGAUUCCUCUGAGGGGGAGGAUCCAGAGCCUAAUGAUGUUGAAAAAGAUGGAUGGGAGUCUAUGGAAGAGGAUUAG